AUGUCUGGCAUUGUAUCUUUAGAACUGCAAAUCAUAUCAAUAAAUGUCAUAGGCUUGUUUGGUAGCAUUUGGAAUUGGUUCAAAUGGGAUCAGCAGCUAGAAAAAAUUUCAAACUUCUCAGUUUCCAACGAAUUAGACGUAAGAGAUAUCGAUUGGCUUAAAACGGUUCUAUCGUGGAUUGAGGUGGUUCGGUCUGUCAUUGACCGUACCUUGUUUCCUGCAUACAUAGCUAAUAUCUACACGAUAGUGACACGAAGAUGGCAGAACUCACUUAUAUUUUGGAUGGUGCUUAGUCUUUUAAAAGAUAUCGUUUUGGAAGUCGUCGUCGUCGUCAUUACUUUCUUACAAUGGAACAAGGGAAGCGUUUCGACAUUGCUUUUCAUCGAGUUUAUCACAGAAAAAACGAUAUGGUUGGGUAUUUCGACCGGCAAGUGGUGGGCAAUCCUCAAGUGGUACACGCAGCUACGAAAAGAGGCGAAAAUUCGUAGGUUCGCGAGAAUUACGCAAAGAAGCAUCACGAGCAUUCCCGGCAGAAUCGGUCAUUCUUUAGAUGACGAGUGUCUUGAUAUAGCGGCAAGCAGACGGGACAAGUACGCGAGUCUACUGAAUCUGAGCAAGCUUUCAGAGAAAUCGUCUAAGAUUAAUUUUGACAACUUACGAAUUUCCAAGUCGUUGACUUCGAUUAUUAACAGUGGCAGUCACGAUUCGAACGAUACGAACGACUCGAGUGUCAUCGAUUCGAGUGUCAUUGACUUGAGCGUGACGGAAAGGUCGAUGAAGCUGCUGGGUAUAACUGCGGAGGACGUGAUGGAUGCAUGCGCCAGGAUACAGGAGAGAUUUUACUGGAAUGAAGAAGACGUAGGGAAAACAGGGAAAACAUCCGAGGAGAAAGAAAAAAUAGUGGCACAGUUUCUGGAAAAAGAUGGAGAAGAAAUGGAUGAUGCUUCAGGAAACGAACAAAAAGAUAAUGUAGGAAAAACUGCGGAUCAUACUUUGGAAAAGAAAGACGUUGCGAGAGAUUCUCAGGUAGAAAAAGAUGAGAGGGAAGAUGGGAAAGAAAUUAAUGAUGCUUUAAGAAGUAAACAGACGACAAAAGAUGCAGAGAAAGCUGUGGAUUGCAAUUUGAUGAAAGAAGUCAUCAUGCAAAAUUUUCAGAUAGAGAGAGAAGAAGGAGAAGAAGAUAAUAACAAAAUUAUUUCCGUUGAUAAGAAAGAGCAGAUCUUGACUGACAAAAAGCAAAAUGUUUCAUUGACAACAGAUGGAGACGUUACAUCCGACAGAACAAAUAAUCUCGCGGAAUCAACUGAGUCUCUUAAGCUUCAAGAAGACGCAUCAUCGAGAAAGAAUAAGGAAGGAGAAAAAGCAGAGAAACUGGCAAAAAUUAUGCAUUGUCCUUUGCCUUCUGCCGAGUGCAAACAUGCGAGAAAUAUAGAAGCCAAGCCAUGCGCCUCUUUUGUGAGGAAACUGGAGGCGAAACUUCGACCUAUUUCUACAAACCAGAAGGAAAGGUGGUUCGACCAACUUGAUCGAAGAAAACACCCUUAUCGAGGUAAGCUAAUGCCAACCGAUUUAGACGCAAACAAGAAAGAUUGCCUGCAUAAGAAUUCGAGAACGUCAUUGUGCGCGUGCCAUCGUGCCUCGAAGAGAAAUACCGAUGCGUCGAAAAACGGCAAAUACGCGCGAUCAAUCGAUAUCAAUGAUAAAAAUGUAAAACACGAUAUCGAUAGGAAAGAAUUCAAACAUUUGGUAUCCAUCCUCAAUAAGCAGAAAGACAAGAUCAACGGACGUGAUUCCACGUUCAAGUAUUCGGAGGCGUACCGUUUAAAGAAACAGAUGCAAAAGUUCGAAAGAACAUUUCCCACGAGGCAGACAAUUGCUUGGGGAAGUAUGUCCUUAGCUCAAACUGCACGACCUUCGGGAUAUACGAGGGAUGCCGUCGCGACUGAUCGGGAUAAACCGUCCGGGAUUAAUCGAAGGGACGUUCAGAUCGAGGCUCAUGACGAAUCGAGCGAUUCCUUGAACGCGCGAAAUAGAUCAGAACGGAGGGUAGAACGAAGUAGACAAUCGAUCGAUCCACGUUUUAUUUACAACACGUCGUUGCCGGAAAAAAAUUAUGCGAGAUCGCAGAAACGCGAGGCGAAAACUUCAGAAGCUCAUAAUGAUUUUACGUUGUUGACGAAUAAGAAAGGAACGAAAGCUAGAAGAAGGCACGAUUUGUCGCCGAGUCGCAAAUUGCCGAACGAGGAACGCGAAGCCGUAGAGCUGAGAGCUUUGAGGGCUUUUAAUGAGCUUACUCUGCUGGAGGAUAAGAAAAAAUUGGAAGAGAAAAAGAAUCGCGAAUCAUCGCUGAAUUACGAACAACUGACAGGGGAAUCUGAAGUGACAGGGAUAAACAUUUAUACAUCUUACAACGAUCUUACUUUGCUGGAAGAGCAAAAAGAAAUGGAUGUAACAAGAGGACAAAAUUCGAGUUGCAAGCAAUUGAUCGAAGAGUCGAACGCCUUAAAAGUUUACGACGAGUAUAUAUCGUUAGAAGAUAAAGGAGAACUGAAAGUCGAAGAAAAACACGAUUCAAAAUACGAGAUGCCAGAAAAAUACGAGGAAAAUGUCGACACUUCCACGAGCGUUUUCAAUCAUCUUCCGGUAGUUAAUGGCGAGGAAACUGGGAUCCCUUCGUUCGAACCGCAAAGAAAUGCUAACAGCAGCUCCGAGCUACACGCGGGUCAAGCGUGCGUGUCACUGAAUCUCAGGGAAAUCACGAGAAACAUCGAGUGGACCCUUCAUCCUCGGGGAGUUAUACUGACUAACAAGAACCUGCACCGUCAAUUUAUGGAGAACGCGAGAUCCCGCGAGAGCCAGCAGCGCGAUAUCGUCGACGACAAUAUCGCCAGCACGUUGCAUAGCGCCUUCUUCUUCAAGCCCGAGGUCGUGACGAGGAUCUUCCGACGCGCUCAGACUAGGAUCGGCGAGUCCUUCCCGAGUUUCCCGACAUUCUGCCGCGAGGACCUCAACACGGAAUUCGUCUGUCGGAUGAACAACGAGACGGUCGUGCAAUGGGAUCGGGAUUCGUCGUCGUUCGAUUUUGACCUCGAACGGAUAACGGCGGAUCGAGGCAAUCUCAGAAGUUCGUCAUUUCCCAAUGCCAGUGUCAAUCGCGUCGCCGGAGAGGACAAUCGCGACUUGUGCAUAAUAUUUAUAGAUCAGGAACAAGCUUCCCACGAAUCGGAUACCACGAUAAUAGAGGAUUCUGUCGGAUCCCAAGAAGACGCGCGCUCGAGCGCCGAGAAUAUUGAAACAAUGAAUAUUCUUUUGGUGUGCGUAUUAAGAGACUUUAGCGUCGAGAUGUCAGAGGAAAAUGUACAUGACAUCAUGUCAUCGGCCGAACGAAUCGAGGAAUAUGGAGAUAUAAGUAACGUCAUUGCGAACAACACUGAUUUUCCAUUAUCGAACUUUACCGCAAACAAUACAAGCCCUGAGGAAGAAGACAAUGACAAGCGUGAAGAUACAAUCUCGUUACGUCAACAGAUUUUGCAUGCCAAUUCGAAUGACAGUCGACCGGAUGGUGUAGACGUCACGUCAUCUGUCAACUCGCUGCAUGAUAAUCCUGAUAAUUUGUCAGAUAAAAAGUAUAUAAGUGCAAUCGACGUGUCUUCUGAAAAGACAAUAUAUGAAAAUAAUUCGUCUUUUAGAAGGAUUAAUAAUAGUCCAGCCUCGCAAUUAUCUAAUAGUAGUAAUAAUAAUUCAUUUGACAUGAUAGUCAAUCAAAGCGAGAAGAGUACAUUUAAUCGCGUUUCUGAGAAUGCAUCGCAAUUGUCUUCGUCAUUUAUUAAAGAGGAAUUUAAUUUAAUUAAUCAAUCGAUGCUAAGAUCAAGUGACGAAGAAGAACUGCAAAGCUUGACGCAACUUUCGGAUAGCGAAGUUACGUUAGAAAAUCAUAGAAGAGAGUCAGUAAUGAAUUUAGAAACAACAAAUGACGAUGCAAUAUCGAGAUCUGAGAAUGUCGAAACUUCAGAUUUAUUAGAAACGAUGGUACGAGACGACGUAAGAAACGAAGACGAGGAUGCAGAUGUUUACGUGAAGGCAAAUAUAUUUUCGAUUCAUCGAUUUUUCAGGAUGAAUCAAGAAGAUGACGAGUUGCAGCAAGACGAUAGCUUUUAUUCUCUGUACGAGAAAAACGAUGAUAGUACAAAAACACCGGUUUCAGCGGGAGAUGGAAGCCUGCUGGAAGAGUUUUCAAACAGCACUGUAUCGGAAACAUCAUCAAAAGCUUCUACCAGAAAUUCCGCACAUUUUCAAUAAC